AAUAGCUCAAAGACGAGUAUUAAAGCUUUAACUACACAAACAUUUAUAAGACCUAGGAAAAUGGCAUUUCGAGCAACAAGAUUCGCAUGGUCUUGGAGUGCAACGGCACCUAGAAACACGACGAUCCGUCAGUACAUUAAGGAAACGCUAGAACAAAGUCCGCAAAAACUUGAAAAACUCAAGAAGGCAUUGGGCAAGAAAGGUGAAGAAAUCUCGCAAGAAGUAAAUGAAAAGCCUGCCGAACAGCUGAAGAACGAAACUGCAGAAUCCGUCAAAAGAACAGCUCAGGGUGUAAAAGACACGAAUUAUGAAGAAAAGACUAAGAGCGCUACUCAAAAAUUGAAAGAAGAGUUUGACGAAAGAAGCUCUGAUGUGUUAGGCGAUGCUCGGCGUGAUGGAACGCUAAAAGAAAAAGGAAAAAAGGGAAUUAAAAAGGAAUAACAAGAUACAAAGCGGAUUCUCUUUAAUGAUUCUCUUAAUGAUUAUGACUGAUACGAAUAAUACAUGAUAAAAAAAAUAGUUAUGCGCUGUGCUUUGUUCCAAUUCACUUACUAUCAACUAGUAUGACAUCUGUACUAGUAGAGCAAGAGCUUUAGACCCUAUUAAAAGACAAAUGUAGACAGUUGGAUGCGGACGUAAAAAUUCUGUAUCUGAUUCUUAGAGCACUUGCUUCAGGCACUUUACUUUGACUUCGUCUCAAGCACAGUAGGUUCAUUUACUAAAUUUACUAAGGAAAUUAUCUACUUUUUUUGGUGUCAUAUACAUACAACGAGGCAUAUCCAAAAUAUACAUGCAUUUUUGUCUUUCCUUAUCCAAUUAUUUAUUAACGAUAACGACCGUAGCUCGUGACUGCGAUUUUGAUGAGAUACUAUAUAAGGGCAAGUAUUUUUUUCAGAAACACCACAUUCGUUUAUCCACACUAUUCACAAGCCAGUCUCACAGUUCUAUGUAACUGGCUUGGGGAACGUGUUGGAAAGAAAAAAACCACUGUGGUACUUCAUGCGGAACGGAACAGCUUUCCUUUCGGUCCGUAAUAAAUCGGUGGGAUAAUUCUAGAUAAAUAGAUUUUUCUGUUAGUUAGUUUGCUCAAAUGAAUGUUUACUGUUUAGAUCAUAUUGAAGUUGGAUAUUUUUAAAGCAAUAGAAUGUAUUAUUGUGUGUAAUUUGAACAUUUG